GGGGUUUCCUUUACUUCCCGCCAGCUCCUGGCUUGGCUCUGGGGAAGGAACAGAGUCCUAUGGCUUUCAGGUCACACCGGCUGCCCUGUUGCCUUCUUUGCACAUGGGUAACCUGGGGACCACCAAACUCUUGUGCCCAGCAGCCCCUCUGACCUUGGCUCUCUGUUCCAGAAGGUUCCGGGGCAGCCCAUCCCCAGCAGCAGCUGUGCCGGCUCCUCCAGCCGGGGGCUGCCCUUGCUGGGCACCAGGGAUUGAAGAUGUGUGGAGACGCAGUGCGGCUGCUGACCACCCUGCUGGUGGCCGCGGCCAUGGGCUACCCCAGCCGGCGCUCUGCCACUGACCUGGAUGCCACCCCCAGGAUGACAGUCACCUUUGACGAGCUGUCAGGUGUGCGGCGGUUCAGCGGGCACAGCCUGAACUACACCACACUGCUGCUGGAGGACGAGCGGGGUAUGCUGUAUGUGGGCGCCAGGGGGGCCAUCUUUGCUCUCAAUGCCAGCAAUGUGGCCGAUGGCUCGCACCACAUGAUCCGUUGGGAAGCAUCUCCGGAAAAGCGGCUGGACUGCCUGCAGAAGGGCAGGAACAACAAGACCGAGUGCUUCAACCACGUGCGGCUCCUACAGAGGCUAAACACCACGCACCUCUACGCCUGUGGCACCUACGCCUUUCACCCGCUCUGUGCUUCCAUUGAUGCUGACAAGUUCACACUGCCCUCCCGCUUCGAGGAAGGCAAAGAGAAGUGUCCGUACGACCCCUCCCGUGGCUACACCGGCCUCAUUGUGGAUGGUGGACUGUACACAGCCACACGCUAUGAGUUUCGGAGCCUCCCUGAUAUCCGGAGGAACCUGCACCAGCGGCCGCUGAAGACAGAGGAGUCUCCUCUGCACUGGCUGAAUGAUGCCGAGUUUGUGGCCUCCAUGCUGGUCCAGGAAAGCAAGGACAGUCCUGUGGGUGACGAUGACAAAAUCUAUUACUUCUUCAUGGAGCGAGCAGGCGAGGAGACCACAUCCUUCUUCGAUAAGAGCCAGGUGGCUCGGGUGGCCCGGGUGGCCCGUGUGUGCAAGAGUGAUCUGGGGGGAAAGAAGAUUCUGCAGCGCAAGUGGACGUCCUUCAUGAAGGCGCGCCUGGUGUGCUACAUCCCCUACUAUGAGGUGCUGCGCAGCGUCUGCAGCCUGGACAGCGGUGGCUGGGCCAGCACCGUCUUCUACGCCGCCUUCACGCUCUCAGCGCAGUGGAGGACGAUGGAGGCCUCGGCUGUGUGCCGCUACGACAUCUCCAAGGUGCAGCGUGCCUUCGAGGGGCCCUACAUGGAGUACCAGGACUCCUCCCGCAAGUGGUCCCGCUAUGAUGGAGCAGUGCCCGAACCUCGGCCCGGCUCUUGCAUCACAGACAGCUUCCGCCGAAGGGGCUACAACUCAUCACAGGACCUGCCCAACAGCGUGCUGGACUUUGUCAAGCUGCACCCGCUGAUGUUUGAGGAGGUGCAGCCGGCGGGUGGCGAGCCGCUGCUGGUAAAGAGAAGUGUGGCAUACAGCCGCCUGGCGGUGGACCGGGUACAAGCCCUCGAUGGGCGCUCCUACGACGUGCUCUUCAUGGGGACGGGGGACGGCUGGCUGCACAAGGCCGUAGUGCUGGGCUCCAGCCUCCACAUCAUCGAGGAGGUGCAGGUGUUCCAGGACCCGCAGCCCGUGGAGACGCUGGUGGUAUCCCGCAGACAGAGGAGCCUGUAUGUGGGGGCUGCUAGUGGAGUCCUGCAGGUGCCCCUAGCCUCCUGCGCCAGGUACAGCUCCUGCUAUGACUGCAUCCUCGCCCGGGACCCCUACUGCGCCUGGGAUGGUGGGGCCUGUCGUGACACAGCCAGCGGGGACAGCACAGGGCUGGUGCAGGAUGUGCAGAGUGGCAAUGUGGGAUGCCGGAGCGGCUCUGGGCGUGGCUCCCUGCCGUGGAAGAACCGCACGGUGCUGCGUGGGGAUGAUGUGCUGCUGCCCUGUGACCAGCGCUCCAACUUGGCACGGGCUGUCUGGCUGCUGAAUGGCAGCGAGGUGCCGGGCAGUGGGCAGGAGCAGCUGCGCGUUGGGGUGGAUGGGCUGCUGGUGACCAACACACUGCCAGGACACAGCGGCGAGUACCGCUGCUAUGGUGAGGAGCGUGGGCUGCGCACGCUGCUGGCUGCCUACAGCCUCACCGUGCUGCCCCAGCUGCCUCGUGCCACCAUCACCACCACCUCUGGGCCCAUAGCGGCCAGCCAGGCUUCUGGAGACACCAAGGUGGUCUAUGUGUCUGCUAUCGUGGUGCUGGUGGUGCUGUGUGCCGUGCUGGGUACCGUCCUGCUCUAUGUGUCCUGCCUGGAGAAGCGCAGGGGGAAGUACGUGCUGGGGGAGCCGCGGGCUGUGAGUCCUGAGCUGCAGACGGUGUCGGCCAGCUGCCUGCGCAAGGCCCACGGGGACGAUGAGGAGGAGGAAGAUGAGGAGGAUCUGGCUUAUCCCUGCCUGCGCAUCAUCCCUGGUGAAGCACCCACGGCCAUCGUGUCCCCAGCCAAGGAGCUGCCGGUGGCCGUGCCCCCCCCUCCGCCGCCACCGCUGCCCACUGAGCUCACCAACGGGGUGGGCUCCCUGCCCAGCGUCCUCCGCAAGAUGAACGGCAACAGCUACAUGCUGCUGCAGCAGCAGGACGAGCCGCUGGCCUCACCGCUCUACAGCGCGUCCUUCACCGAGGAGCUCAGCAAGAUCCUGGAGAAGCGGAAACACAUGCAGCUAGUGGAGAAGCUGGAUGAGAGUUCCGUGUAGGACCGGGGUCCCACCAGUCCCUUCUCCCACCCCUGCCAGCAGUGUUACAGACUCAGCAAAACUACCUCUGGGACCGCAGCGCCGGGCUGGGCCCGGGCUCGGCCAUCCCUUUGGCUUUUCACUCACUUUUGAGACUUGAUGUACAGAAAAAAAAAAACAAUGGGAAAAGAAAGGGAAAAAUCCCCCAAAGAAGAAUCUAUUUAAAUUUGGGAGCUCUAUUUAUGUAUAAAACCCACCGAUGGCGACCACAAGCUGGAGGCAGGAGCUGGAGCACAGCUGAUGGUGGACAUGGGGAGGGAGGGCUUAUGUCUUAUGUCCAUCUGUCCAUCCAGGCAGGCAAGACCCUGUCCUGGAUGUGUGGACCUGGCCCACCCCAUUGGGCAUCCCCAGCCCUGGGUGCCCAGGCACUGAGAGGUGGGUGCAGAGCGGGACUGUGGGCUUGGGGCUGUGCUGCAGGGCCACCAGCUGCUGCCUGCUGCACAUCUGCUCCCCAGGGCUGCCUGCAGGACAGAUGCUCAGCGAGGGACAGCAAAGAAGAGGAGAGUUGUCCCUGUAAGUGGGAUGAAAUUGCCUGUGCCUGCCAUCAGCCCAGGGGUGCUGCUGGCAGCAGGACUGCUCUCCAUGCGUGAGGGCCAUGCACGCCAGUUGGCUUGUCUGCAUCUUCUCCAUGUGGUGUGGGAAUGGACCAGCAUCCUCUCGGCAUCCUUGCCCUGCAGAGUGGACAUGAUGCACUUCUGCAUCCUCAUGCAUUGCCAGCAGAUGCUGGGAUCCUGGCCACUGCCCCCAUGCCACGGACUGUCCCCUCGCAUGCUGAGGAGCCCUACCCCAGGCUUUCUCCCUGCGGGGCCUCCAGCUCCCUGUGGCCCUGCUGGCCCUAACUCCCUCUCCACCCUCAUCUACCUCUGCUCCCUCACCCUGGGAACAAGAGGGGCACCCCAGCUCUGUCCCUCCAUGUCCCCCUCUGCCACCCCCUGGACUGAGGGCAUCGCCCAGAGCGCAGCCCCCUCCCCACCGGGCAUUCUCUUCCUUCUCUGGGGUGGACGAGCUACCCCAAGGGCACAUCGCAUUCCCCCGGUACGGCCCCAGGGCAAUAAAGGCGACGGCUCUGCGUGGAA